AUGUCAGUAGGUGUAUUCAUCAAAGUCAAACCUACUCAUUUAGCUUGUGGUGCAAAUCGCAGUAUAGUAAUCAAGGAAAUUGGCAAAAAAGUAUUCAAACAAGAAUUUAAACAACAAUCCCCCUCGAAAGUGAUGAAUUCUUCCAAUUCUGAUUUGGCGCUUGACCUUAAAGGCCAUGACAAGGUCUGCACUACAACUAACGAAGCGGCUCACAAUUUCUCUGAAGUAGAAGCAGAUUCAGAGUCUGAAAUGAUGCCUAUUAGACCGGUAUCAUUCAAAAAAGCAGAAAAAGCUUCCGGUGGUGUUGGUGUCUGUGAGAACACCUCCGCCUCGACCAAUGAUGGCAGAACCAAUUUGGUUGAAAAAGAAAUUGCCUUCUGGAAAUAUAUCGCUAAGAUAUGUGCGCACGAUGUUCUCUUCCCUGGUGAAGAUAAACCAAUUGAUAUUUCAGUAGACCACUAUCCACAACAUUCUUGGUGGCUCGAGUUGGUUGCUUCCGUCAAUUUGUCAACUCAAAACCUUUCCGAGAGCUCAAAGUUCCCUUACUACAAGGGAAUGGAGCAAAUCAGAAACAUAUUGUUGCCCGUGUUCAGUGGAUUUGAAAAAUCUCACCGGCGCAUAACAACUGGGUUGCGGGAAAUGAAUUAUCCGAAGUUUAUGUAUUUUGAUGAGAAUUCAGACAAAUGGGUAAUAAGUCUUCAAGAGUAUGAGCUUAAGUUCGCCGAAAAGCAGUGCGAGAUCAUUGCCGUCAUAUCCAAUACCGCUGAAGUCUAUGCAAAGAGAGCUCUUCAAAAGACAUACGAUCAUUUCGUGCGCCGCAACGAGCAUUGGUGCAGACAGACCAAAUGGUACUACGAGAAUGUCUGCCAAGGUGUUUGGUACGCUAUUUACUACAGAUACUAUUCGUGGAGCGAACAGAUCGAGAUGUGGUUCUACGAGUUGCUUGACUAUGUAGAAGUUGGGUGGAACAAUCUAGUAAGGUGA